CCCGCAGGAAUGUUUUUUGCCUCUUGCUCUCCUGCCUUAUCCAGGUACGAUGAUGAGGAGAGCAGCGGGAAUUGGGAUGAAGCCAAUGAAGAAAAUCGCAAACGAGAAUGGAACAACUUCUACAAAAAGCAAAUGAGUCUGCGCAAAGGCAAAGAACCAGAAAAGGAAGAUUUUGAUCCUCCAAGUGCAGACUGCCCUUUGAAGGAUGCCUCCAGCAGGAGAAUCUCUAAGCUCACAGUGAAGGGACGGGAACACUGCUUGAGGAUGCUGGAAGAAGCUUUGACCAAUAACCAGAAAGUUCCAACAGCAACAGGAAAGGGGUCAGAUCCUCAUGCCUGUGCUGUGGAGCUGGAGUACGAAGCUUUCCGAACCAGUAAAAUGGCCAACUCCUACAAGGCAACUGUGUUAAAGAAGGUAGCAGAGAUCAACAAGGCCUCAAAAGAAGGAGAAGUAUUCUCAGGUUCUGGGUCAGGACCUGGUAGCUACAGCAGCUUGGAGACCAAGUCUGGACGUCCAGCAGAAGAGGACUUCCUCCCUGCAUCUCAGGUUUACUCG